AUGGCUCAAGCCUGUGCUGUUUCUUCCAACUACAAACAACUGAGGAAAGGGAACACAGAGCUCAGUUAUAUUGGAUCAGAAAGGUACACUUUCAGCUUUACCAUUCGCGAUUCACCGGCCCAUUUUGUAAAUGCAACAUCCUGGGGCAACGAGGAUUAUAUCAGAUCGCUUUCUGACAGCUUCCGGGUUGGCGAGUGUGUAAUAAUUGAAAAUCCCCUGAUCCAAAGAAAGGAACUAGAAAGAGAAGAAAAAUUCAGCCCUGCAACUCCCAGCAACUAUAAACUAUUGCUGAGUGAGAAUCAUUCCAAGGUGAAAGUUUGUUCCAAUUAUGAAGUGGACACCAGGCUGCUGUCUCUGGUACACCUGCCUGUUAAAGAGCCCGGAGACUAUUAUUCACUGGCUGACAUUGUUGCCAACGGACACAACCUUGAUGGGAGAAUCAUCAGUGUGCUGGCAGCAGUGCGGUCGGUUGGAGAGCCAAAACACUUUACGACUUCAGACCAGAGACAAGGCCAGCGGUGUGAAGUGAAGCUCUAUGAUGAGACAGAGUCGUCUUUCGCAAUGAUCUGUUGGGAUAAUGAAUCCAUUCUACUCGCACAGAACUGGACACCACGAGAAACGGUGAUAUUUGCCUCGGAUGUAAGAAUAAAUUUUGAUAAAUUUCGGAACUGCUUGAUAGCAACUGUCAUCUCAAAAACCAUCAUUACAACUAACCCAGAUAUACCAGAAGCUAACAUCCUUUUGAAUUUUAUACGCGAAAAUAAAGAAAAGAGCCUUCUGGAUGAUGAAGUUGACAGUUAUCUGAAAGAAUCCAUAAAUUUGAGUACAGUAGUUGACGUCUAUACAGUUGAACAACUAAAGUUAAAAGCUUUGAAGACUGAAGGAACAACAGACCCCUUCUACGGCAUUCUUUUUGCUUACAUUUCUACACUGAACAUAGAUGAUGAAAUUACAAAAGUAGUUCAAAAUAGAUGCUCGGGCUGCGGCUACACAGUAAAGGAAGCCUCCAGUAUUUGUCCAACUUGCAACAACAAUUCUUCAGAUUUCAAACGUGUUUUUCCCAGCUUUGACAUGCUGGUAGAUCUGACAGAUCACACAGGCACCCUGCACUCCUGCAGUCUCACAGGAAACGUUGCUGAAGAGACGUUGGGCUGCUCGGUAAAUCAGUUUCUUUCAAUGACGGAUGAACAGAAAACAACAUUGAAGUGGCAGUUUCUUUUGGAAAGAAGCAAAAUUUAUUUAAAAUUUUGUUUAUCACACAGAGCAAGGAGUGGCUUGAGAAUCAGCGUGCUCUCCUGUAAGCUUGCCGAUUCUGUUGAGGCAAGUAGGAACUUGUCCGGGAAGGAGAAAGUUUAAACAGAUCAUCAUCUCGAACUCUAGACAAGGAGUCGUGACUCCCGUCUUUAAAUUAUU